UACUUGAGUUAAUAAGACAGGAAGAUCUGCCUGCCACUGUUAGAUAUUUGUCAGCUACCUUUUCACAAAGGUGUUCAGCUGAAAGGUUUCUUGGGAGGGCUGUGGUCCAAAAGAUACAAUAUGAUGAUGUUGGAAGAUCUUUUCCAGUCCUACGUUUCAGUAGCGCUGAUGGUGGCCUUCAUAUGCAUUCUUAUCUCCUUUUUUUCCCGCUCCAAAGACGAGACGACGGAGCCUCCUGGACCUAAACCUCUUCCCCUGCUUGGUAACUUGCUUCAGAUGGAUCUCAAGAGAAUUGACUGCUCUCUUGUUGAUGUGACUUUCAAAAAAUACGGAUCGGUGUUCCCAGUGUACCUUGGACACCAGAAAGUUGUGAUUCUGACGGGAUACAAGACUGUGAAGGAAGCACUGGUCAACCAUGCUGUGGAGUUUGGAGAGAGAGAAAUCUCUCCUAUCUUAUUUGAUUUCACUCAAGGCCAUGGAAUUCUGUUUGCUAAUGGAGAAUCCUGGAAAGAGAUGCGACGUUUUGCCCUGACCAACCUCAAAGACUUUGGAAUGAGAAAACAACUCUCUGAGCAUAAAGUCUUAGAAGAAUGCCAAUAUCUGAUUGAAGUGUUUGAAAAGCAGCAAGGGAAACCCUUCUCUACAGAAAAUCCGUUAAGUUAUGCUACAUCCAAUAUAAUCUCUGCUAUUGUGUACGGCAGCCGGUUUGAAUACAACGACCCCCAAUUUCUAAGUAUGGUGAAGCGAUCCAAGGAAAGGAUAAGCGUUGUGGGCUCCACACAAAUCCAGCUUUACAACAUGUUUCCCAGGCUGUUCAGUUGGACAAAAGAACGGCAGCUUUUUUUAAAUAACCGGACGGAGACUGUCAGAGAUGUCAAAGAACUAAUCACGCAUCUAAAAGACACACUGAACUCUCAGUCGUGCAGAGGCCUUGUCGACUGCUUUCUGAUCCGGAUGCAAAAGGACGAGGAGGCUUGUGUCAAGGACAGUCAAUACAAUGAGAACAACUUGAUAUUUACAGUGACCAACCUGUUUUCAGCUGGCACUGAUACCACAGCGACAACUCUGAGAUGGAGUUUGCUGUUUAUGGCUAAAUAUCCACAUAUUCAAGACCAGGUGCAGGAGGAGCUGAGCAGGGUGGUAGGAAGCCGUCAGCCUCGAGUGGAGGACAGGAAGAACCUGCCGUACACUGAUGCUGUUAUUCAUGAGACACAGAGACUGGCCAACAUUGUCCCCCUUUCCAUUCCUCACAAAACCAGCCGAGACGUCACCUUCCAGGGCUUCUUCAUCAAAAAAGGGACCACUGUGUUUCCUCUUCUUACUUCUGUCCUUCAUGAUGAGAGUGAAUGGGAGACCCCGCACUCUUUUAACCCUUCCCACUUCCUGGAUGAGGAUGGGAAAUUUUUUCGGAGGGAUGCCUUUAUGCCUUUUUCUGCAGGUCGCAGGGUGUGUCUGGGUGAAAGUCUGGCUAAGAUGGAGCUCCUACUCUUCUUCAGCUCCCUCCUCCAGCGCUUUCGUUUCACUCCUCCACCUGGAGUGAAAGAGGAGGAUCUGGAUCUGACUCCAGCUGUGGGCUUCACCAUCCCCCCAUCACCUCAUGAGCUGUGUGCCGUCAGUCGCUAAUGAACACGAGAGCUGGAGUAUGGCGUCACACUGGUGACCAUGGUAUGAACAGGGUUUAACUCACAGGCAGCAGAAAAGUACAUCUAUGAGCGGUCUCACUCUAGAUACGUGAUAACACAUCAAGAUCCCUGCGGAUUGUUUACACCAGUGCCGAAAAUACAAAAAAUAAACACAUAUAUGCUCCUGCUUCGGUUUCCUGUUCAUUAUUUUGACGAAUUAAUGUUCGUGGUUGCGUAGAUUAGUUUUUCAAGGAUUUUCUUUUUUGUAUUAGUAUUGCAGAAAUCAUAUAAUGUAUUGGCCUACUGUAAAUACAUUAAGAGAUGCCCUUUCCAAUAGCCAAUACCUGUAGCUUGCAUCUAAAUAUAUCAUGAACUUAGUCAU